AAGCAGUUAUUGCAGUAGACAGGAGAUAUUAAGGAAACCGGGAGCAAUGAUAUAAAAUUCUUCCAAGAUGAAAUACAUGUGUAUAAUCUGUGAUAAAUCUAAUAGAAUCUAGCAAUCCAGGGGCUGUAAAAGUGGACUAUUCAGCCAAAGGGUAUUACAUACAACAAGAAAGGGAUAAUGUCUAGCAAGGAAGAUGAAAAUUUUUCUCUUUGGAUAAACUCUACACUUGAUACUUUUGGAUUCAGACCAGAAAUUAUUUCAUUUCGAUCAUACUGGUAUGACAAACUGGCUGAAAAUAUGAAUUUAAAGUUGGAAGAAUUAUCUCCAUUUAGGUUUUCUCUGGUGGGAAGUGCAGGUGAAGGAGUUAGACUUGGGAAAAGCGAUACAGAUAUACUAAGUGUAUUCAAAAAUACAGUUUGUUCCGACAAUCCAAGAAUAAACGUUCAUUUAAAUAUACUAAAGACUGAUUACUCAGGCACUGCUCCUGGAUACACAAAAAUAGUUCUAAUAAACAAAAGUAGUUCUGAUAUACGACACCCGUUUCAUUUCGACACAAUGUACAAAUCUACAGAAGGACACCCCUACAUUCCUUGUGCAUUAGAAUAUUUUGCUGGCAAAUCAGAAAUUAAUGGCCCUGCUUUUUCCUCAGCAUUUCCCUAUGAAUCAUACCUUUUCUCUGGGACAGACUUGGUCUUUUCAUUCUACUUUACAGGAAAAGAACAUUUAAGUGAAUGGGCAAAAAGGUCACGAUUUUAUGCUUGGCCACAGCACACAGUGCUAAAUGAAAUUUCUAAGAUGGAAGGAUACAUAGUGCCUGUAGGGGACAAACAAAGUGACUUAAAAUGUUUGGAGUGGCGGAUAUGUUAUACGACUGCAGAAAAGAAAUUGGUUCAACAUCUAAAUGACGCACAAAAAAAGCUGUACAUAUUACUAAAGAUGGUGUGUAAGACAAUACUGCAACCUAUCUGUAAAGCAAUCACAUCAUAUAUCGUAAAAAAUGUUGUUUUUUGGGUAGCAGAAAGAAUGCCUGAACUACAAUGUUCAGUAAAUUGUCUGAUGAAUUUGUUGCAGAAAGCUUUGUAUUUCAUAAAAUACUGCCUGGAGAACAACCAUCUCCCAAAUUACAUGAUACCGGGAAGAAACCUUCUAAGGGGAGGAGUCAGUGGCAGGGAGAAACGACAAGCAAUAGAUCUUCUUUCACAGCUUAUGAAAGAGGGUGGAGCCAUUGUUGUAAGAAUACCAAAGUUGUACCAAUGUAUGUUUCAUAUGGUACAUAGUCCAGAAAGAGGUUCACGAUAUGGAAUUUGGCGAGAUGAGGUUGAAAAACAAACAAUGAAAUUUCUUGUUCUAUGUCAAAAAGAGUAUAGUCGGAGAUGGGUGCCCAUGCCUAUCCUAUCUUUUUUACAAGUGCUCAAGAAUAUGAACUAUAUGAAAGCAUUAAAAUACUUUAUGUUGGUGGUUCCAGAGUUUCCCAACAUGAUAGUGCAAGGGAAAUUUGUAGAGCUUCAAUACCUAUUUCUGGCUAGAGUUGAAGCAACUAUGCUGCUGUAAACAAUGACAAGCUCUAAAAUUUGUAUGUACAAACAAUGUGUCUCAGUGUACAGUAGUUAAAAACAAUAUUAUACUUUGUAUCAUGCACAAUGUAUGAACAUUAUAUAUCCCAUUGAUAAACAAAUAUUUACAGUCCAAAUUGUUUCAUUCUAUGAAAACAGUAUACAGCUUUUGCAUUCCAAGUGCCAUGAAAUCUACUGGUACUAAAAUCAAGUUAUUCUGAAGGUGACAAAAUCAGUUGACUAGGACUGUUUUAUAUACAUCAACUUAUCAAAUGAUAAGCAUUUUUACCGGAUAUUGCUCAUGGAAUGCAUGCAUUGUAACACAACAUUUGAAUAUAUGCAUUUCAAACACAUUUCAGAAGUAUA